AUGAUCGGGUUCGUCACGCUCUGCAGCUUAUCGCGCGCCUCGUCGUACUCCUCCUUGUCAGCGUUAGGAUUGUCGUCAAGGAACUGCAUCGCCUCCUUCACUGCAGCCUCCACGGCGCUCUUGUCAUCCGCGCUCAGUUUCCCACCAAGCUUCUCCUUGUCGUUUACCUGGUUGCGCAGCGAGUACGCGACGCUCUCCAGCGAGUUUCGCGCAUCUACGCGCUCGCGCACCUUGCGGUCCUCGUCCUCAAACUCCGCAGCCUCGCGCACCAUGCGCUCAAUCUCCUCCUCGCUCAGGCGACCCUUGUCAUUCGUGAUGGUGAUCUCCUCCUUCUUCCCCGACGACUUGUCCACGGCGCUCACCUGCAGGAUGCUGUUUUCGUCCACGUCAAAAGUUACCUCAAUCUGCGGCACGCCACGCGGAGCCGGCGGGAUGCCGGACAGCUCGAACUUGCCAAGCAGGCGGUUGUCCUUCGUCAUCUGCCGCUCGCCCUCGUAA